ACAGAUAAAAUAUGAAAAAAAAAAACUCAAAAUGCUGACAAAAAAAUAUGAAAACUCAAAAAGAAAUUCAAAACUAUAGCGCAAAAGACAAAAAGCCCAAAUAAGAAAACAAAGAAAAAAGAAGAAAAAUUUAAAGAAAAAAAAAGUACUGACAAAAAGCCCAGAAAUAUCCUUCAUUACGACUCUCUCCCCUCACGCCUCCCCAAAUAAAGAGAGCAAACCAAAAACUCUAUUUUAUUAAAUAAAAUAAUUAAAAUAAUAAUAUUAAAUGAAUAACAUAAAAAGAAUUAAAUUCCUCUCCACAAACUUCUGUAACAUCCGUUUCAGCUACAGCUUCAAUCGAAGAAGACGAAGCAAGAGCCGUCACACUUUUUGAGGAGUUUGAUUUUUUUUUUCCCAAUUCUCCUUGCGGUUUUACAGUAACACUCGCCGGAGAUUAUGGCUCGGCCUUCUUCGGCGUCUUCAACGGCGAAGCUUCCUUCAAUCAAACCAGAGGAUUACGCUCACAGUCCCGUUCACUACGUCGUCGUUUCGGGAGAUCACGCCGCACUCACUCGUCUUCUCUCCUCCUUGCCGAAGCUAGGAGAUCCAGAGCAGAUCCGAACCGAAUCCGACUCACUGAGCCAGGAACGAGUCGCGGAUCAGAUCUCCGCCGUGCUUGACCGCCGCGACGUUCCUUUCCGUGAAACGCCUCUUCAUCUCGCGGUUCGACUCAACGACGUGUUCGCCGCGAGGGCGAUUUCCUCCGCCGGCGCAGACAUUUCGCUCCACAACGCCGCCGGAUGGAAUCCGUUGCAGGAGGCGUUUUGUCGCCGGAAUUCUGAGGUUAUGAAAGUGCUUCUGAGGCAUCACCACCGUUUGGCGUGGUUCAAAUGGCGGCGGCGGUUACCGCGAUUGAUAGCUGUUCUCCGUCGUAUGCGAGAUUUUUACAUGGAGAUCUCUUUCCACUUCGAGAGCUCGGUGAUUCCGUUCGUCGGAAAAAUCGCUCCCUCUGAUACUUACAAGAUCUGGAAACGCGACGGAAACCUCCGCGCCGACACUACCUUGGCUGGAUUCGACGGAUUGAAAAUCCAGCGUGCGGAUCAAAGCUUUCUUUUCCUUGGUGACGGUGACGAGUCUUUAGAUAUCUCUCCUGGUUCACUCCUUGUACUGAAUCGAGACGACCGGAAAAUUCUCGACGCCUUUGAGAGUGCCGGAGCUCCGAUUAGCGACUCUGAUAUCGCAGGGUUCUGUUCUCAGUCAAGCUUAUACCGUCCGGGAAUGGAUGUAACUAAAGCAGAGCUCGUCGGACGAAUGAAUUGGCGACGGCAAGAGAAGAUGGAAAGCGUCGGAGAUUGGAAAGCUAGGGUUUACGAAAUCCAGAAAGUUACUUUCAGUUUCAGAUCCCGGAAAAUCGUUAACGACAGCGAUUUCGCCGGUAGCGAACAAGUUCAACCUCUAGAGCUAGACGAAGACGACGACGGUUUCCUAGUUGCAGAGAAUCCGAGUUUCUUAGCUCCGCCUCCGCCAAGGCCACAGAGACGACACAGUAGCUUCGUCAAAGAAGAUAGAGAUUGGAUUUCUGUGGGGAGAAAAAGCGUCGAUGUUUAUCCAUCCGCCGCACCACCACCGCAAUUCCAACCACCGAGAAGAUCAGUAGCUCAAAUCCAGCCACCGAGAAGAUCAGUAGCUCAAGUCCAGCCGCCGAGAAGGUCAGUGGCUGUACCUUUAACGGUGUCUCCGGUGAAUCCUCCUCAGAUCAAAGAGAAAGAAUUCGUGAAGAGCUUGCAUCCAUCUGUUUGGUUAACGGAGCAAUUCCCGUUAAAGACGGAGGAGCUGCUUCCGUUACUCGACAUUUUAGCCAAUAAGGUCAAAGCCGUCGCGAGAAUGCGUGAGCUCCUCACCACUAAGUUCCCGCCGGGAACUUUUCCAGUCAAGCUGUCUAUUCCGGUGGUCCCUACGGUCAAAGUAGUAAUCACAUUCACCAAGUUCGUCGAUCUACCACCGGCGGAGCAAUUCUACACACCACUCUCAAGCCCGAGAUUCCUCUCCGGUGAAGAGCAAUCCGAUGACGACGAAAAAUCCAACGGUCGAAAUUCAAUCUCGCAGCCAUCUUCGUGGCUGAGACGCACCGCUAAAUGCUCGCAGCGGCGGAUAGAGGAGGAGCAACAAACACCGGACCCAUUUGCUAUACCAAUUGGGUAUAAGUGGACGAGCAUGAGUAAUAGUAAUAGUAAAAUGAAGAGAUCAAAGUCUACCAAGAGAUCUAAGUGAAAACAAAAAGACUUGAGUGUCUUUUAUUGUAGAUAAUCUUGAUAUUAGUAAUAGUAAUCAAUAUAGAGAAAUUAUUGAUGAACAAUCUGGUUGUAGUUUUACCAUACAUUUUUUUGUAUUUUUGAAAUGGUUAUAUGAUUCAA